AUGGAGCCAAAUGAUGCAAAAAUUGUUCAGGAACCCGUAGAUAUGCAGCCUGGACCGAAGGGCAAUCAAUCAAAACGAGAUAAUAAAUCCAAGUCGGGCAAAACAUUCCAGUGUGCAAAAUGCACCUACUCGGCCAAAUACAAAUCUGCUUUGGUGAGCCACAUGAUGAGCCAUAGAGCCCCUUCCGAGACGACAAUGUACAAGUGUGAAGUUUGCCAGCACGAGACGAAAAGAAAAGCCGACCUCAGGGCCCACAUGAUAAUCCACAUGGACCCGACAGAUGUGAAGCUCUUCUACUGCGCGAACUGCUCGUACUGGACGAGAAGGAAGUGCGAUCUCAAACAUCACGUCGUGGUUCACCAGACUUCUUCGUACAAGUGCCCGCACUGUCCUUUCAGGACGCACCAGAAACAUUAUCUCGACAAAGUACAUUCCUUAUAUCACAAAGACGAGUCCGAGGUUACAGUAUAUAAAUGCAAACAUUGCCUGUACGAAACGAGAUUCAAGCAAUUUUUGAAUAGGCACGUGAUUACUCACCAGGACCAGUCCACGCGACAGAAGUACAAGUGCAACUGGUGUGAUUUAACCACUACGGGCAAGAUGGCUUUAAAGAGUCAUAUGCUGUUGGUGCACACGUGCCCGUCGGAGAUUGAGAUGUAUCGAUGCGAUAUGUGCGAAUUCCAAUCGAAAACGAAAGCGGGGGUUAAGAAUCAUAUAAGGUUCAAGCACAUGCCUGCGGAGGUGAAGUAUAUGUGCGCCCACUGUCCAUUUAAGGCUAAGCACAGGAAUUAUAUACAGAAACAUUUGAAACUGCAUCAGGAUCCUUCGAGAGUUAAAAUGUAUCAUUGUGAGAAAUGCGACUAUAAAUCGAUCCACAAGAGAAACCUUCAAUCACAUAUGUUUACUCACAGGAAGAGAAAAAAGAUAAACAACAGAAAAUAA